AUGUCAAAACCGCUGCGGUUUGCCGCAAUCUCCGCAAUCGCAUUCUCCACAGUACAUGCCGUUCCGUAUGUAAUAGAUAACCUCAGUUUCGGACACAAGGAAACUCUCUCACCCAACGGACGCGGGAUCCCGCACUGGAACAUUCAAGGCAACGAAGACUGGUUGCCCCAACUCUUCUCCGAUCGAAUCAUUCUCACACCUCCAUACCCCGGAAACAAGCGUGGAUCGGUAUGGACCGAAGACCCACUACAUCACAAAGGCGACUGGGUGGCCGAAGUGCACUUUCGGGCCUCAGGACAAGAGCGUGGAGGUGGUAAUUUGCAGAUAUGGUAUACCAAGCAAUCGCAGGCGCGUGAGCCACCAGCGAGCUUGUACACGACGCACAAGUUUGACGGGCUGGUAUUGCUCGUCGACCAGUACGAAAACCACGGAGGAUCUCUUCGCGGUUUCCUAAACGACGGAACCGUUGACAUUGGAGCCCAUCCCGACCCGGACACGCUGGCUUUUGGCAAGUGCGACUAUGCCUACAGGAACCGUGGAGAGCUCACGCCGAUCAAACUGCACCACGCAGAAGGCUUCCUCGAGGUCAUUAUCGACGGAGAGACAUGCUUCAAGACAGACAAAGUGAUCCUCCCAGAAGGCUACUACUUCGGCAUCAGCGCCUCCUCGGCCGAAAACCCAGACUCCUUCGAAGUUCACAAAUUCACAGUCUCCACCACCUACGACACCACACGCGAAGAGCCCAAAGACAAAGGCAAAGGCGACUACGCAAAAGCCUCACAACAACACCAACAAAACCUGGCCGCCCAACAAGCCCACGAGCAACAGCAACAGCAACAGCAAACCCAAAACCAGAACCAGAACCAGCAGCAAUACAACGCCCACGUAAACGACAUCCCCAAGAUGCUCGAAGACGUCGUCGCCGCAAACAUCCGCAGCCAACAAGACCAAUUCGCCGACCUCCACAACCGCAUCCAAAUCAUAAACAACCGCGUCUACGAAAUCUACGAAACCGUCGAACUCAUCCACAAGACAAACAACGACCGCUGGAACGACCUCAUGACGCGUAUUGUGCCCAUUGACGACCGCGGCGCGGCUACGAUACGUAAUGUGGAAAGGGUGGAGCGCCAGACGGCGCAGAUACUAAAGGAUCUUGAGUCGAAGGAUUUCAAGGAUAUGAUGAAGGAGAUUCAUCGCGCGUUGGCGUUUUCGCAUAAUACCAUUGUCGAAGGUAUGCCGGGGAUUAUGGGUGCUGUUGUCAAGACUCAUGGACCUAAUAUGACGACCUUCAUCUUCAUUGCUGUGGCUGUGCAAAUUAUGGUUACGGGUGCGUAUCUGGUUUAUAAGAAGAGGAGGGGUGGUGCGCCGAAGAAGUACCUAUAG